AUGGCAAACAUUGAUGAAGUUCCCAUGUGCAAAUGGAAGAAGAGGAUACGUGACGAUACCGGAUCGGGGCUCGUGCAACACGUGAUUCCCACGACAGCUACUUUCGAACUCAAAGGCCACAUACUAGCUCAACUUAAGGAAUUUCCCUUCUACGGGAAAGAUCACGAAGACGCUUACAAGCACUUAGACGAGGUCAACGAUGUAGCCGAUUACUUAAAUGUUCCGAAUGUGCCUCGUGAAGCCGUUUUGAUUCGUAUGCUUCCCAUAACAUUGAAAGGAGCUGCGAAAUAUUGGCUCAAAUCACUCCCUCCCAGAUCCAUCACUACAUGGACCAAGAUGAAAGAAGAAUUCAUUGACCAGUUUUGUCCUCGUUCGAAGAUAGCCAAGUUGAAGAAAGACAUUUCCAACUUUGAACAACAAGCCGGAGAGUCACUUUAUGAGGCUUGGGAGAGAUACAAGGGCCUACUAAGGAACUGCCCACAUCAUGAUCUAAACAGUCAACAAGAAAUCUCCAUUUUCUAUGAUGGAGUCAAUGUAACAACUAAGCAGCUCCUUGACUCACAAGGACCUCUCACAAAGAAGGCACCCCUGGUGAUCAAAGAACUAAUUGAAGAAUUCUCUAAGCACUCUAAAGAAUAUCAUAACCCUAGGAAUGACUUGACUCGAGGGGCGGUAAAUUCUAUCACUGAUGACAUGGUAGCAAUGAUGGCAAAAUUGGAAAGCAUGGACCGAAUAAUGACUAAGAUGGACCAAUCCAUCCAUGCUAUUAGAGAGGGAUGUGAAAAUUGUAGAGGGCCCCACCUUAUAAAGGACUGUGAUCUUGAUGAGAAUGGGAACCGGAAGGUACAAGUGUGCUAUUCAAGUGGUGAUAGGUUUGAUGACAAUUGGCGGAAACCAAAGAAAGAAUGGCUACCAUAUGAUGAGUACAAAAAGAAAAAUGAAGAGAAGUAUAAGCAAAAGGAGAGAGGCUAUUACCAAAAGGAGGAACCGGUACAUGAAAAGAAAUCAGAUUUGGAAGACAUGCUUAGAAGAUUCGUGGCCGCAUCCGAGAAAAGACACAAUGAUACUGAUGCUACACUUAAAGAUCAACAAAAUAUGUUGAGAGAACGCCAACUUAGGAUGAAAGAUCAACAAGCCUUGCUUAGGAAUCAACAAGCAUCUAUCUUCAACAUAGAAAAGCAGCUAGGGCAACUUGCACAACAAGUGAAUGAGAGAAGACCGGGUGGACUUCCUAGUAACACCGAAAGUAACCCGAAAGGUGCACAUAUAAAUAUUGUGACAACUAGGAGUGGGAAGAUUAUAACCCCUCCGACUCCUAUUCAGCAAGAAGAUCCUAAACUGGUGCAAGAGGAUAAAGAAGAACAUGAAGAAUCACAGAAACCCGACUAG